GCAGAGCGAGUGGGCAAGAGGAAGAAAAAAACUGCAGUGUGUGAGUGUGUGUAGUUUGUUUCCCUCCCCUGAGCAGAUCUUUAUCAAUUUGGGUGCUCCGGUCUCGGGGUGCACUCUGUGUGUGUGCAGUUAACAGCAGGUCCCAGCAAAGUGUCUUGGUGUCUGUGGAGAAGAGCCCUGUGUCCGGUGGAAAGCAGGUAGCAUAAAAAGGACAUCAGACUGGCAACUUUCUCACUGUGAAUACCUCCAACCACUUCUUCAAAAUUCAACAUUUGGGUCCUAAAUGGAUAAGUGGAACCCGGUCAAGCACCAGACAACGCCAAUGGUUGCUGCCAAGCCAACAGAGGCCAGUGCCUUGACUGUGACUCCUGCUCCUGUCGCACUCGUCUCUGCAGACAACUCCACCGAGCCAGUCAGCAAGAACGAUGCCUUUGACGAGAUUAAAAACAAGUUUCUGAAUGAAAUCGAUAAGAUCCCACUGCCAUCCUGGGCCAUCGUUGCCAUUGCUGUGGUUGCUGCUUUACUUAUUCUAACGUGCUGCUUCUGCAUCGUCAAGAAAUGUUGUUGCAAGAAGAAGAAGAACAAGAAGGGCAAGAAGGGGAAGGGUGAAAUGGGGAUGAAGAACCUCAAAGGAGGAGAGAAACAACAGGAUGAUGAUGACGAGGAAGACGAUGUUGAACCUGGACUUACUGGAGACGAGAAAGAAGAGGAAGUGAAGGAGAAAGAGAAGCUUGGAAAGUUGCAGUACUCAAUUGAUUACGACUUCCAGGAGAACAAGCUAACUGUGGGGAUCCUGCAAGCUGCUGAUCUCCUCUCCAUGGACAGUGGUGGUACCUCUGACCCCUAUGUUAAGGUGUUUGUCCUACCCGACAAGAAGAAGAAGUUUGACACAAAGGUUCACAAGAAAACACUUAACCCAGUCUUCAAUGAGACUUUUACCUUCAAGAUUCCAUUCCAAGAGAUGGGAGGAAAGACCCUGGUCAUGUCUGUCUAUGAUUUUGAUCGUUUCUCUAAACAUGACGUCAUUGGAGAGAUUAAAAUACCCAUGAACACGCUUGACCUGGCAAAGCCAAUUGAGGAGUGGAGAGAUUUAGACAGCGCGGACCAAGAAGAGCCGGAGAAGCUGGGUGACAUUUGCAUCUCUCUGCGUUACGUCCCCACUGCUGGAAAACUCACAAUCUGCAUUUUGGAGGCCAAGAACCUGAAGAAAAUGGAUGUGGGGGGUCUUUCAGAUCCCUAUGUGAAGAUUAACCUGCUGCAGAACGGGAAGAGGCUGAAGAAGAAGAAGACGACAGUUAAGAAGAACACAUUGAAUCCUUACUACAAUGAGUCGUUCAGCUUUGAGAUUCCUCUUGAGCAAAUGCAGAAAAUACAAGCUGUGAUCACAGUGCUGGAUUACGACAAGAUUGGUAAAAAUGAUGCCAUCGGGAAGAUCUGGGUGGGCAGCAAGUCCACCGGAGCCGGACUGAAACACUGGUCCGACAUGUUGGCCAACCCCCGCCGUCCCAUUGCCCAGUGGCAUCCACUGCAGCCGGAGGAGGAGGUGGAUGGUGCUCUCGCAGCCCUGGCUGCCAAGAAGUAAUCUCCCAUCCCACUCCCACGGUGCCCCCGAACUACCCACACGUUUCCGAUCAGGUCCACAGGUCCCACAUGUCAAUGUACAAUAUAUUCCCGUCCCAAAUGUACACCCCCCCCCAUCCCCCUGCCUCUCCUCCCUGCCAUCUUUCAAAAGAUCCAUAGAUACAAUUCAUCAUGAUGCCAAAUAGAGCUUAAAAGAAGCAUCAUGUUAGAUAAAAUCAUGUCAUUGAAAAAAGACGACAAGGUACAGGAUGGACAGAUACUCCAUCUUUCCUUUAGAUCUAUUUUUGUAUUGGGAUUGUGGUUCUGUUACUGAAAGUACAGCAUCGACUAUGAAGGACAGUUAGAGCGCUAAAUGGGAAUCGGGUAAGCAAGGGGAUAAAACGCCCAUUCAUCUAUAUUGUACCUUUCCCUUUAGUGACACAGUCUGCUUAGGAUAGUGCUUAAUAAUAAAAAUGCUUUAUACUGCCAUAUGAUAGAGGAAUAACACAAGCAGGUCCAUUCCUUGGGUGUAUUGUGCACCACGCUCCACACCUGCCACUUAUCUUACUCGACCAUUCUGUUAUGUUAACGUACAUUCCUAGAAUUGGGUAGCAAGUAGUGGUAGGCACAUAUCCAGUUACCCACAGACACACUGCCUUUUUGAUUAGUUCACCUUUCACCCAUCGUCUCAGGAAUACUGAGAGGAGACGCCACGCCUUUUUUUCUACACGGGUUGUUAUGAUCAAAACACGGUGAGAGAGAAACUAUUUGAUUGCUUUUCAGGAAGGCUGUUCUCCAUGUGGCUCGGUAGAUGGCUUUUCAGUUUCAAAGAUGAGGGAACAAGUGUGUUUAGUGUACCUUGACUGUGCAAAAUAUCAAUUUAAGAGACUAUCAGAGUGGGAACAACGACCGAGACUUGACUGCUACCACCAAUCACAUGACAUUUACAAGGCGUUGGUUGUCACUGCCUGCCGUCCACCACCUCCCGUCCCAACACCGCUGUAUCUCCCUCGUUCAGUGCUACUGCCAUUAGUCAUGGACUCCACACGAGGGUUUCACCGCGGUACCGUCCAACAGUCAUACAGGAGACAAGCCUUCCAAGUAUCAAAAUAAGCAAUUUUCAACUACCAGGGACGCCUUCCACUUAGUGUUGUUGUUCUCGUCGUUUCUCACUGUCUUUCUUUUAUAUAUAUAUAUAUAUAAAUAUAUAUAUAUAUAUAUAUAUAUAUAUAUAUAUAUAUAUAUAUACACCCCUGUUUUAUUUAAAACACCUUAAUUCCUCAAGCACUUUAGCUCAAAAUGUUUCAUCUAAACAUUGUUCAAAACCAGAGCUUUAAUGAUUAGUUUUAGGAAGAAUUAUUCAUGGGCUAUUUGGUGGAGUUGAUUGUGUGCAUUUUCUGCCUCAGAUUUGUGUGUCUUUCAAUUGUUUGGGUGUAACUUGCAAAGAUAAUAUAUGGAACACAGCACUGGUUCACGCGUAUUUCAUACACUGGACCAAAAAGCUGAAUUUUAAUUGCACUAACUGGGAUUUUUUUCUGACCGGUAGUACGCUGUUCUUUGGUUGGAUUAUUUUCUGGGGGAUGAAAUAUUUUGGUUACAUUCAUUCUUGGUUCUGUGUUUGGUUCAGUUUGUUUUAAAUAAUUCUGGUUUUUGAAUUGAAGACACUUCAUCUCAUGACUACAACAUUGGACACUUGUAUAUCCGCAGCAGUGCUAACAGCAAAAACUACCAGAUGACUGUGCUUUGUCAAUGUGAAUCAAAUGCAAUUAGGAAUCAAUAAUCAUUUUAUUUCUUAAUAACAAACAAGGAUUAGGAAUUCUUCAUCGUUUUCUUUUUUUUGUGUUGACAACACUAAAGAAAAGGUGACAUGGAAGCAAUCAAGCAACCCGUUGGUGUAAUUUUGCCUAUAUAUAUAGUUCACCCACGUUGAUACUGCAUGUUUAUACAAAAUACUGUACAUAAAAGCAUGUUUUAGAGAUGGAGCAAAAAUAUCUCGUGUACUUGAAUGGGUGUCAUUUGUCAUUUUAUUAACACAAUGAAAGCGGUAAAAAAAAAAAAAGAUGCACUGUAUAUUUUCUAAAUGAAACAAAUGUGUAUUUAUUUUCCAUGAGCGUUAUUGGAGAGAAUGCCAUCCAGAUGUUAUAGUAAUACUACUAAUAAUUACUAGGAACCUUUCCAAGCCUGAAAUUCUUAAGCAAGUGUGUCGUCCAGUACUGUGCGUGAGUUCAUGUAGGAUGAAAAUAUACCCGCAUGUUUGCUAUCUAACUCCUUGUGGUCCCAGUAUUAUAAUUUGCUUUUAUUUUUAAAAAAACAACACAAAAUAUACUGCCAUACAUAUUGUUUCAGGCUUUAUCUGAAAGUUACUUUAUCUUUAUUUUGAGUAUUUCUUAGUUUUUCAAAAGUUUUUCUGUAUGGAUUAAGGGUCUCCAAGUCUUCAAACCUAUAUUUUUCCCAAAUAUCCUUCUAAACGUUUACAACUAAGAGAAAAAUUAGGAGCUGCAUUAUAAUGUUUGUGCCAAUGCUGAUCCAGAAUAAAGUCACGUCUGGGUUAUUUCUUCCAACGGGGCCAAAAUAUUGAAUAGUUAUAUUCCAUUCAACACAAAUGACUUGGAGUCCCCUCUUCCCCCUUUGCUUACAUUUUAUUUAUUAAUUGUAUUUAAAUGACCUUAAAACCUCCAUGGCUAUAUGUCUUUAACUGUGUUUAUUAUACAAUAUAUGUAGAGAAGUUAAAUGAUAAAACUAAAGCCAUAAAACUCAAGCACUAACUCUUUAGAGCUCAGCUGAGUCGAUAGAUAUAUUCUAUUUAAAAAAAAAAAAACGUCAUUUUUCUUGGCCAGAGUUUGUCCUGACAUUCCGUUUCAAGGUCUUUGUUCAUUAGGAGGGCGAGCUCUUACAGAAAUGUGAGCAUCCACAAAUCUUUCUUAGGGGAGAUGUAUGUGUUUUGAUUGAUUGAUUUGUUUUUUUAACUAUGGUAAGCUGACCGUAUUAUUUAUCAGUAUGAUAUCACACUAAGUUCUUUAUAAGCCUUCCAAAAUGAUGUACAGAGAGCAUUUUGCACCUGUGAUAAGUGUAAUAUAUCAACUAAACUGGGUUUGUCUGCUUUUUAGUUAGCAUAGUUUUGAUUAUUACUACUAACAAAAUGGUUUCAAAACCAUUUUUACCAAACUUACUACAGCAGACAUUAUAAAGUUGGUUUGCUUAGCAAAAUGUAUACAAAAUAGCUAACGAUGAUUGCCGUUCCUAGCUGGCUGCAGUUGGCUAAUUUAGCUUAAUUUCUACAAAUUGCUGUGGCCCCAUUGUGCGGAGCAAUUUUACCUCUUAAUACAUGAGCAGGAAAGGGUUACCUUCUCCCAUAUUUAGCUAAUGCUGCUAUUGUAGCUACAAAUACAACCGUUUUUAAGAGGUUAACUUGGCAUAGUUAGAGCAAAAACUGCUAAUGUUGCCAACAUUGCAAACACUAGCAAAUGAAUUUUGAAUUUUCUAGUUUUAGCUUGUACUGCUAUGCUGAUGAUCUGAGUAGAUAUGUUUCAGUGUUUUGGAAAGACUGUCAGUCCCUUGCUACGACCACCUGAAUUCGCUGCCUGAUUUUGCAGAGCCAGACUUGUUUACGCAGAAAAUUGUGAGAUGGCGAAACAAAAGUGUCUGCAAAUACAAGCACAUUGAUGAGAUUUUCUACUCUCUGCAAUUGUCACGAUUGAUGAGGCUCUUUGCGGAUACAGAAAGCAUUGUGUUUGUUAAAUAACAACCUUCCUUAGCAACCAUGGUCAGACUUCAUUGUUCAUCCCUAAUCUGAUGUUAAUGUGCAUUUUUAUUCAAAUGUUGGUCAUUACCUUUGGUUGGAACACAAUAUGUGCACAACUGGUUUUCAGAUUUAAAUUCUGGGAUUUAAAAAGGGAAGCCAUCCACCACUUCUGAACAUGCACAUUCAACUCUCAUUACUCACUUUUGUUUUUAGCCAUGCUAUUCUUGAGCAGAAUGUGCAAUUGCUUAUUUUCCUACUGUGAUGUAUUCUUCAGAUGUCGAACGUUUGUGUUCAUUUGUCUACCUGAAUGUUGCCUUUAUAUUUGUGUCUUUGUCCUCUUCCUGUGUAAAUCAUCAGUCAUUCUCCUGAAGAAGCGGGCGCACGGAGUUCUUCCUCAAAUUCUGCUUUUGCUGUCUGUAAAGAAUGCUGGCCUUCAUGUUUACAACAUGGACAUAGUGUAUACUGCCAAAUUCCCGUACCUGACCUCUUUUUGAACGUUUGCAACUCUCAUUCCAGAUGGUUUCUUUUUUUACUUUCUCUUCCUCAUCCUCUUUGAAAGCAUUGGAUUGGAGGACGGUCAGGUUGUGUCCUCUAGCUGUGUUUCUUCGUGUCUUGUGUCGUGGUGCGCGUGUUCAUGUCAGUACUUGUGCCUACUGUGGAUCGCAUGCUUUAGCCCCUGACUGGACACAAACAUUGCUCACAAACUCCUCUUGACCCUUAUGUGGAAAAAUGUCGGGGAUCCUUAUAACAUUACCAAGGGAGCCAAAUAACUUAUGACAAAUUUAUCAUAUGUGGUACCAGUUCUGUAAAAAACAAAAACAACAAAAAAAAAACAAAUAGGAAAUAAAGAACUUUUAUUUACAAA